AGUUGUUGACACGAUUCUGUUCAUUGAAGUUCAAUUAAAAUGUUCUGUGCCUUAUUGCUUCCGACAUAAACAGUUGAGGACUAAUCAUGGCAUCACAAAAAGCUAUUGCAAUCUAUUCAUUGUUUAACCUGUUGUUACUAAAGUAUGCUGUUUUGGGUUACAACAUUUAUACUUCACUUGACAUUGAAGAUGGUGCAAUGAUUUUUGAUGCCUCUAAUGGACAAUUUGGCUGUCAGUAUCAGAUGAAACAAGAUAAGUCAUGUGUGAGCUCGCAACUGCAAUUUUCUAUUGGAAAAGACAAUGGCCAGUUAAUUGCUUCACAUAAAUUUGAGGAUAUUGAAUUACAUGAUCCUUCUUUAUGUUCCAUAGUUAUAACUGUAUUGGGAUGUCACCAUAUUACAAAAUUGGAAAUACCUUUAUCAAUACAUGUACUGCCACCAACUGUGUUACUAACGGACAUUCGAAAUACCCCAAUGGUAGUGACACCUCCCUUCAAUAUAUCAGUUCACGUUUCAUCAAAAAAUCAUAUUGACAACACAUCCCUAGUCCGUAUUUUACCUACUGACAACUUAGCAGAUAUACUACCCACUUUACUGCGGGAUUGUGAUGUAAGAACUCAUUUUAUAAAUAAAAACUUGAAAUCUGAUUUCAAGUUGAAGCAUGGUGGUAUAUGGGGAUCACAAGAUUCCAUGGUUUCUUAUCAUUCUCAAGUUAUUUCUAUGAGACAGACUAUAUCAAAAUGCCCUGUCUUCGAUUAUCAGGAAACAAUAAUUCCAGAUCAAAAAGCUGAUAUUAAUCUUUACAUCUCUAUGGAGCAUAUGUCUGCAAGAUCCAAAAUGAGCAGGAAAAUUCCACGGCGGCGGAAACGUAGUUUUGGAAGCUCAAUUAGAUUUGUGCCGAAAAUGAAAAUAGCAGAAAUAAUGGAAAAUCAAAGAUCGGAUUCCGAAGUUGUAACUCUGAAUCUCAUUAAUCCUUCAAAACUAUCCGUCACCUUUACUUGGCAUGCAACAACAGACAAGCGUAGUUUGGGAAUGUUCAAACUUGAUUCAAAGACAGGAGUUGUUAGAACAACUGGAGUUCUGGAUAGGGAAAGCAUGUCUUCUCACUCAUUUAGAGUGACAGCAAGAAGUUCUUCUGGCCAGUCAGCUGAUUGCAGUUUAUUGAUUAAAGUUGGUGAUAAGAAUGAUAAUGCUCCUAAGUUUGAAAAGGCCGAGUAUUGUUUCAAUUUGCGAGAGGAUGAACUUUCAAGAGCGUAUAUCGGUAAAGUUACCGCUUCUGACAAUGACGAUGGCGUUAAUCAGGAAAUAAGAUAUUCCAUACAAGGUCUACAACCAAGCGGUGUAUUUGCAAUCAGUACAGAUGGAGAAAUAACGCUGAAUGGUAGGAUUGACCGAGAAAAAACAGCCGAGUACUCUUUCACGGUACUUGCAACUGAUAAGGGGGGCUUGCCACAAAGAUCACAAACAAGAGUCGUAAUUACUAUUGAUGAUGUAAACGACAAUACACCAAAGUUUUCUCAAUCACAGUAUCAUGUGCAAAUUGGUGAAGACACGAAACGCAAUACUAAUAUCAAAACAGUCACUGCAGUCGACAAUGAUGCUGGGGAGAAUGGAAAAAUAACAUACAGCCUCAUGAUGAGCAAUGACAGAAAUUUCUUUUCCAUCGAUAAAGAUACCGGUGAAAUUACUGUCAUCGCAGAUAUUAAUUUUGAAAAUCACCCCACUGGAUUUAGACUAAGAGUUCGAGCUCAAGAUGGAGGAAGACCGCCAAAAGCCAGUACAUGUGUUGUUGUGGUAACUUUGGUCGAUGUAAAUGAUAACACACCAACUUUCCUGAGUUUAUCAUAUUUAGCUGUCGUAUCUGAAGAUUUAAACAUAGGUGCGGAAGUGACACAGGUGAAAGCAGUCGAUUCUGAUGCUGGUGAAAAUGCACGGAUAUCUUAUUCUUUCGUCAAUCCCCCACCCUAUAUUCCUUUUCGUAUCAACAAUACAUCAGGUAGAAUCGUUCUUGCAACUCUAUUAGAUUAUGAAAAGCAAAAAAUGUACAGGUUUACAGUACAAGCGAUGGAUCAUGGACAACCAAGGAAAUCUUCGACUGCUUCUGUUGAAGUCAGGGUGAGAAAUAUCAAUGAUAAUGCCCCCAAGUUCACAUUACCAGUUUAUCGGGUUCGUGUCGCGGAAAACAUGCAGGUUGGCAGAGUAGUAAUAAAAGUAAUAGCCGAAGAUGCCGAUGAAGGAUCUACACUUCAUUACAGAAUUAUAUCUGGAAACACAUACAAUAAAUUUGGAAUAAUAACACAAAAUAAUAUUGGUGUAAUUUCGCUUGCACAAUCAUUGGAUUUUAAUCAGAAAAGAUCGUAUGUACUGAUGGUCAUGUGCUCGGAUGGGUCGCGUACAAGCACUGCCCAGGUUCGUAUCAACGUGACAGAUGCAAAUACCCAUGUUCCUGAAUUUGAUAAGUCUUCUUACGAGAUAACAGUCUCUGAAGAUGUGGACAUUGGAACUAUGAUACAACAAGUACAUGCCACAGAUAAGGAUGUAGGUGAAAAUGCAAAGAUUACGUAUGCACUGCAAGCACCUUCAAGAGCGUUUUCACUGAACCCAACCACUGGCGAGAUCAAAACGAAAACGAAACUUGAUUAUGAUACAAUGAGUCAACUGUAUCUUACUGUUAUUGCAAAGGACAAUGGAAUCCCUCAACAUCAAACUGAGGCUCUUGUUACAAUUUAUUUGCAAGAUAUCAAUGACAAUGCUCCUAUAUUUGAUCAGCCAGAAUAUUCAGCUUCUGUGCUGGAGAAUGUGAAGAUUGGUACUAGUGUCACUCGUAUUCGUGCUACAGAUAGAGAUUCUGGAAAAAAUGGUCAAAUAUUUUACACCUUCCAAGGUGGAGAUGAUGGCAGUGGUUAUUUUAAGAUUGAUCAAUCAAGUGGAGUGAUUCGUACUGCAGCUGGAAUUGAUCGAGAGCACAUUGCAGAGUAUCGACUUGUUGCAUAUGCCACAGAUCGUGGUUCACCCCCUAAACAAACUCCUGUAACUGUGGUUGUUACAGUCAAGGAUGUUGAUGAUAAUCCUCCGCAGUUUCCAAGCGAUGAAUUGACAUUUGAAGUACGAGAAGAUAGUCCCGUUGGUUCGAUCGUCGCCAAGUUGGAAGCAAUUGAUCCAGAUGAGGCGGGUCAAUCAAAAGUAUUGUAUGAGUUAGCAAUGGGUGUCGAUGCGCUCACCCAAUGGGAUUUAAACUAUGUUACUGGUGAACUGAGCCCUACUUUCCCUCUGGAUUAUGAAACGAAGACAAAUUAUACUUUGAUUGUUUCAGCUUACUCAAAUCAACUUCUGAGUCAGGUAACAGUUCAUAUCAAUCUGAUUGACGUCAAUGACAAUCCACCUGUUCUCAAUGAUUUCCAAAUCAUAUUCAACAACUAUAGAACACGUAAACCUUAUACAUUCCCAUUUGGACCUAUAGGGAAAAUUCCAGCUUAUGAUCCAGAUGUUUCAAGUGUUCUAAAAUACAAGUUCUCAUCUGGAAACAACAACAGUCUGCUUAUUUUAAACGAAACGACAGGUGAAUUGAGACUUAGCUCGAAACUUGAUAAUGACAGAGAAUUCACAGCUACUUUCGACGUAGAAGUUUCAGAUGGAAAAUACAAUGUGUCGGGAAAAUGUAUUCUGAAGGUUGUCCCCAUAACAGAUGAAAUGUUGACAAACAGCGUAACAGUGCGAGUUCAACAAAUGUCCCAAGAAGAUUUUCUUUCCAAUGCAAUGACACAAUUUGUUCAUGGUUUGGGACAAAUCCUCAAUGUUUCAGCACAGGAUGUUUACAUCUUCAAUGUUCAAAAUGAUACAGAUGUAACUCCACAUGCUGUUGUAAAUGUUAGUUUUUCAGCAAGGCAUCAGGCUGGCUAUUUUUUCACUACGCAACAUCUACAAGAACAGGUGUACCUGAACCGCUCUCUGCUAACGAACUACUCAAUGCAAAAUGUGAUGCCAUUUGAUGACAACAUUUGUUUACGAGAACCAUGUGAAAACUAUAUGAGAUGUGUGUCUGCUUUAUAUUUCAAUAGCUCGGCUCCGUUUGUUUCAACUGAAACUGUUUUGUUUCGUCCCAUACAUCCUGUGAGUGGUCUGAGAUGCAAAUGCCCUUCAGGAUUUGCUGGAAUUGGAUGUGAAAACGAAGUGAAUUUAUGCCACUCAUCUAAAUGUAAAAACGGAGGAAAGUGUAUUUCAGUAGAAGGCGGAUAUGUAUGCAAAUGUGAUGGCAAUUUUGCAGGAAAACAUUGUGAAGUGAACUUGGUCGGAAGUCAGUGUAGCGAAGCACGAGGCAUCUGCAGAAACGGGGCCAAGUGUCAUCCUUUUCCAGCAGGUGGUUUUAGAUGUGAUUGCCAACUGGGUGGCCUUACCACCAAUGAAAUGACACCAUUUUGCGAGCUUAGGGGACGAUCUUUUCGCAAGGGUGAUUUCGCUAUGUUUUCGGGUAUCACAAGACAAUGGAGAUUCACUCUCUCUUUAAGUUUUGCUACAAGAGAACGAAACGGUUUGUUACUUUACAAUGGACGUUUUAAUCACCAACAUGACUAUCUCUCACUGGAGAUUGUUGAAGGCCAAGUACAAUUGAAUUUUUCUACCGGUCAACAUUUUACUGUCGUUAGUCCAUUCAUUGAGGGAGGCGUGAAUGACGGACAUUGGCAUACUGUUCUUAUUGAAUAUCAUAAUAAGCCUGAACGAGAAGUUCUUGGUCCUGGUCAUACUGGUCCAUCAAACAUUAAAGUCGUUACGGUCACAGUUGAUCCAGAAAGAUGUGAUCCUGCAGUCUCGUUAAAGUGGCAUGCUUCGUUAGGAAAUUAUACUUGUUCAAAGACAGCAGAACAAGGUGGAACAAAAUCAUCUCUAGACUUGACAACACCACUCUUGAUCGGUGGAGUACCAAAGCUUCCAGAAGCUUACCAAGUGAGGUCAAGGUAUUUUGUUGGUUGCUUACGUGACAUUGAAAUUGACCAUCGUCGCAUCGACAUGUAUAAUUAUGUUGCAAAUCAUGGCUCACAACCUGGAUGUUCUGCUUUGAGAAAUCAUUGUCAGGACAAUCCUUGCUUCAAAGGAAGUUGUGAAAACUCCUGGGGCACUUUCAAAUGCAAUUGUCCUGCAGAUCAUGGUGGCAAAAGAUGUGAAAGAAUUCAACCAGUUAAUAGGUUCAAUGGUGUUGGUUGCCUCAAACAUCAACAAGUUGGGGUGCUUCCCAGUCCAAUGUCUCAACCAUGGAAACAUUAUCUCUCAGUUCGAACGACGCAAACAAAUGGUGCAAUUCUACACAUUAAAAUAGCAGGAGAUGUGGAGAUCAAACUGUCUGUACAAAAUCAACUUGUAACGUACUCCGUUCGUCUAAGUCGAAGUAAUUAUAAAGAUCAAGUCGAAGGAUUCAAAAUAAACGAUGGAAAGUGGCACGAGAUAACAGUAGAAUGGAGAAAAAUUGAUAGAAAUAUAAAAAUUGAUAUCAAUAUUGAUGAUGGUACAGCAACGGACUCUUUCAUUAUAAGUAAUCUGCCUUCAACCUUGACAUCUUCAAGAAGCAGAAUAACAGAGUUAUAUCUUGGAGGAUUCUGGACUGGUUCAAAAGUCACAAAUUCAUUUAUAGGCUGCAUUCGUGGUUUGGAGUUUUCUGCUAGAAAUUCUGUUCAGUCUGUACCAUCAGAGUCUUUAAGAAAGACAGCUGGAGCAAGGGUAUCUACGGGUUGUAAUGUUGGAAAUCCAUGUCAAUAUGCAAAAUGUCCGCUACACAGCAAUUGUGUUCAAAAAUUCGACACAUAUGAAUGCAAAUGUAAUAUUGGUUAUGUUGGAGAUAGUUGUACCAGCACUUGCAUUCUCAAUCCAUGUCAUAAACAAAGCAAAUGUAUUCAAAAUUCAUCAAAGCCAUAUGGAUAUGAAUGUCAAUGCUCCAGCCAGUUGUAUUAUGGCCGGACAUGUCAGUUAGAACAUAUUCAACCAUGUCCAAAGGGAUGGCAUGGAUAUCCUAUUUGUAAACCAUGCAAUUGUCCAGUCGAAAGAAACUUUGAUGCUGACUGCAACAACGAUCAAGGAGUUUGUAAAUGCAAGAAAAACCACUAUUUCAGUUCCAGAAAGAAUAUGUGUCUUCCAUGUAAUUGUUAUCAUGUUGGUUCCAUCGGUUUGAACUGCACUGAUGAAAUUGGUCAGUGCAAAUGUAAAACUGGUGUAGUGGGAAAACAAUGCAAUAAGUGCUCGAGCAAAUUUGCUGAGGUAACGGACAUUGGAUGCAAUAUAUUGUAUAAUGAAUGUCCACAAGUAAUCGAAGAUGGCAUUAUGUGGCGACGUGAAAAAUUUGGAAUUACAACUCCAGCACGAUGCCCUAAAGAUGCUAAUGGUAUAGCAACGAGAUUUUGCACAAAAGAGGAUGGAUGGUUGAAGCCCAUGAUGGGAAAUUGUACAAGUCUGCCGUACUUCGAUUUGAAAAAAGAUUUGCAGAAUUUGUUGGGAAAUCCAGAAUAUAUCAAUGAGCAUAGUGUACGAGCUUCUUUGGAUGCAGCACGUCGAUUGCACAGUGCUUCUAUCAGUACUGAUAAGUUAUAUCAAGGAGAUGUUUUGAUGUCUUAUAAGAUGAUCAAUAAAUUAUUAUCAAUGCAAAAAUCUCUCAAUGGAUUUGAUUUGACGGCAUCAAGAGGAACUGAUUUCAAUGAUUACUUGAUUGAAGCCACUUCUCACUCACUUGCGACUGAUAAUAUGCAACAUUGGAAGUCACUACAAAAUGACGCUCGUCACAAGAAUCAAGGACCCGAACUUGUAAACUCUGCAUUGCUUUUGCGUAGCUAUGAAGAAUAUGCAGCAACUUUGACUAGAAAUAUGAAAGGAAUAUUUUAUAAAUCAAUCGCAUCAGAGUCUCAGAAUGUUAGAUUGCAUAUUCAAUUGGUUUCAAAUGAAAAGGAGGAACAUAUCAAUAUAGGUUCUAGUUCCAACUCAACUGGAAGUGGACGAUUUAUCAGUGUGGUGUUACUCCCGUAUGAUAAUGAACAUGAUGUUUCUAUUCCUGACAUGGGAACAGUGGGAGUCAUUGAAUUCUCAACACUGGGACCAGUGCUGCCAAUGCAAUUUCAUGAUAGUAGAUUGGAAAUGAGGAUUCCUCAAAAGGCAUUUAUCAACAGUGCUGUUGUGACUAUUGUUACUCAUAGUAGAGUGAAUCAAACAUCGAGAUCAAACAAGAAAAUUGUUGAAAUAACUUUUCCAUUAUUGAGAAAAGAUGGCAGCGAUCCACAAUGUGUGUUCUGGAAUAUGACAUCAAGAAAUGGAAUGGGCGUUGGAGGUUGGUCACAGAAAGGAUGCACAACAUAUAAAGAAAACAAAACACAUGUCACAUGUGCAUGCUCUCACCUUACAAGCUUUGCCAUUGUGUCUGAUGAAGAAGUCGUUAGUGUCAUCGAUGACCUGCCAGUCAAAAUUAUACUUUAUACGAGUGUUGUCAUAAUCCUUUCAUGUAUCAUGGUCUGCUUGGGAUUUUCUUGCUGCCUUGAAGAUGUCAAAACAAAUCACGCUAAAAUUCACAACAACUUUGCAAUGUCUGUCUUUUUCUCGGAGCUUUGUUUUGUUAUUGGCAUAAUGCAAACCUCAAACACCUAUGUCUGCAUGGCAGUAGCUAUUUUCAUCCAUUUUUUCUUCAUGAGUACUUUUGCUUGGGUAUUUGUGGAAGGUCUUCAUUUGUAUAGAAUGUUGAAAGAGAAAAGAGACGUUAAUCGUGGAAAUAUGAGAGUGUACUACCUUUUCGGUUGGGGAAUACCUGCAAUCAUAACUGCACUUUCUGUCGGGCUUGAUGCCAAAGGAUUUGGAAAUGCAAAUUUCUGUUGGAUAACAACUGACCACCUACUUGUAUGGAGUUUUGCAGGCCCUUUGCUCUUCUGUGCUAUUGUCUACAUCCUUCUGUUCUUCAUGACGCUGGGACAAUAUUUCACAUCAAAGUUACCGGACAAUAAACGAGUUGACACUCGAAUGAACCUCCGGGCUUCUUUUGUUCUUCUGCCAGUCGUUGCAGCACUCUGGGCACUAGCUCUUUUUGCAGUUAAUGAGAACAAAGAUGUUUACUACUACCUGUUCUCCCUAACUAAUAUUCUAUUGGGAAUAUUGAUAUUACUUCUGCACUGCGUUUUCAAUAAGGAAAUUCGGAAUGCAUUCCGUAAUGUAAAAGAGAGAAGAUGGCAACGUGCUGAACUUAACACAACCAAACAACAUUUAUUGAAGAAUUCUCUCUCUCAAACUCCUGACACAAGUAAUGGACGUGGACGAGGCAAUAUUUAUAUAAGUGCAUCAUCAACUAGUACGACUAAUACGGCUAACAGAAGAAAUAAUCAUCAGGACUCAUCUAUGUUCCACAAUAUGGGAGAUUCAGAUCACAGUGAUGAUUCUGAUUCUGAUUUAUCGAACAGUUCAAUAUCACUUGCUUCUACACAUUCAUCAGAUGAAGACGAACUGGAAGAGAAACCAACCUAUUUAAACGUCAACAACAGCAGUAAUUGGCAUCAUAGAAAUGGUCAUCUUCCUAUCAGAAAAUCACAACAAAGAGGAUUGGUGGUUCAUAGCACUCCUAAAGUCUCCGAAAAAGAUCUAGACAACAACUUUCAUCCUCCUGCUUACAAUGGUGGUAGCGCAUCAUCAAAAAAUGACGGUUACAAAAGCAGUCUUCCAACACUAUCGGAAACGAAUGAAGAGCAUCCACCUCCGAUUGAAGAACCUCAUUAUCUAGCUAUAAAUAGCUCAAGGAAAGAUCAAGGGAAAGAAGAAAAAAUUGAAAUGAUUGAGAUGAAUAGUACGGAUUCAUUACCUAAAAAAGGUAUUUUAAAGAAUGGUAGAAGGAGCAAACCACCAACACCGGUCAGAGUUGAUAGUUUGCAAAGAACUCAUUCUCCGAUUGAAAAUCAUGAGUAUGGCUCAGAUGAAACUAGUUUAAUAACAAAGACAAAUACUCUUGAUAAACUUAAGGUAGUUCGGAGCUCGCCAUUACCAAAUAAUCAAGAACAAAUGUUAUGAAAUAGUUCAUUUGGAGAAGAAAAAAUCAUUCAUAUUGAAGUGUGAGAAAGGUUCUGAUGAUCGUUCCAGGAUGAACGUUUGAUGGAUCUGUCUGUACUCCAACGCUCGUUAGACGAGUGACAAUAAAAAGUGCGGACAGGCAUUGAUGAGCUUGCACCUGAUUCAGAGAAUAGAUCAGAGGAAUCUAUGUUUUUAUUUAUAUUUUCUGUAUUUAGUUUUUACUACUACAAUAUCCUAUUAUUAUUAUUACCAAUGUGUUUUUGAUUUCUCAUUUUCUUGCUUCUUAUAACUUUUUUUUUGUUUUGCUUUAUUUUCAAUUAUGACAAAAUAAUUGUAUUUUGCUUCUUGUAUUUUUUGAUAAUAGUCGAGUUAGGAUAUUGUUUACAUUAUGCUUGUUUUCUAUGGACCAAAUGUAGAUUUACAUUGUUUGUAAACUUUCUAUUUGUGUUCAAAAACGUCGGUGAAUUUUGGGAAUCUAUUUUUGCACAUUUUUCACUGUGAUUGGUAAAACAGGAAAACAUAUUGUUCAUUCAGUGAUAAAUCAACAAAUUCUUCAUUGAAAUUUCUUUUGACCACAUGAUGAAAUAUUGGUUAUAUCAAAAUUGCACUAAAUAUUAAAUCGCUGAUAACGGAAUGAAAUUAUUAAACAUUUGUUAUUCAGCGUUAUUCUUUUAAAUCAAUUAUUUUAAUGUCUCAAAUUUUGAAAUAAAUUAUUCCGAAAAUGAAGUUUAAUCAAUUAUUUCUGCUACUGUUAUUUCAUACAUUUCUUUUUGCUAUUUCCUGACAUUCUUUGCUCCUAAUUUUCUGAAAUGUUAAUUUUAAUUAUUGGUGUGGAUCACAAUCUAAUAGGCCUAUUGGUUAUUGUUUGUUUUGAUUUUCAAAAUCUUCCUCCAUAAUAGAGGUGUUUUUUUACAACACGGAAAAAGCACUGAAAAUUGACAUUUUAAUAUAAUAGAUACAGGCAUAGUAUUCAUUUUUAAAGGCAAAGCUUAAAAUUCAUAUACAUAAAACUUAAUGUUUCAGUAAAAUUUUUCAAAUUACUCCAAUCUUUAAUACUCACUAUUGAUCAUAUGGAGGGAAGACACUCUGGACAGAGUUUUUGAUGUAUUUCCAAACUCCAUAAAUAAAAAUGGGCGGUAUGUCAAAUGAUGUUCUUGAACUUACAACUCUAAAUCAAUUUAUUUGAAUAUAUAUUUUGUGUACUCGUCGUUUGUUAUUAAUACUAUUUUUCUCUUUUUUAUUGUGAUGGCGCUUUUCAUUUCCAUCUCUGCAUUUUUAGAAUAAAAUGAAACUAAAUA